AUGCCUACCGCCGGCCUCAAGACCAUCAUCGCACUGUCGUUCGUCCUCGCCGUCGGCUUCCUCCUCGUCAUCCUCUCGUGCGCCCUGUUCAAGGUGUACUAUCCCCUCCUCGUUGUCGCCACAUAUAUCAUCGCGCCAGUGCCGAACUGGAUCUGCGGACGAUGCGCCAACCCAGAUGACUUUGUCGAGAGCUCGGGGGCCGCCGUGCUGGACCUGGGUCGCUUCUUUACCGGCUUCUUCGUUGUGAUGGGCAUGGCCCUGCCCGUCGUUCUUGCGCAUGCUGGCCUCAUCCAGAUCGAAGCCAUGAUCAUGUCCAUUGUCGGUGGCUUGUUGAUCUACGGCACCAUUGUUAGCUUCAGCAUGUUCUUCCACGAGGAGCAAGAUUUCUAA